UAGGAAGCCAAGACCCUCGGCUCACAGAGAAUGGCAAGGAACAGAGUGCGCUCAGCCAGCUGCAUCUCGAAGGAAACUAUCACUGCAGAUCCAUUGCUUGCUGAUUGAACGCUGCUUCCAGAGGAGAACCUAUUUGCUGAACGGUGAUUCCUGCUAACCCAGGGAAGCAAUGGUCGGACUGAAGCCCACUGACAUCCCUCCAACUGCUACUGUUAAGUUCCUGAGUGCCGGGAUGGCAGCCUGCAUAGCAGAUCUCUGCACCUUCCCUCUGGACACUGCGAAAGUCAGACUGCAGAUCCAGGGAGAGUCCAAGCCUACCAAGAACAUGAAGACCAUCCACUAUAAGGGCGUCUUUGGCACAAUCACCACCAUGGUGAGGACAGAAGGUCCCACGAGCCUGUACAAUGGCCUGGUGGCUGGUCUCCAGCGUCAGAUGAGCUUUGCUUCCAUUCGUAUCGGGCUGUACGACUCCGUGAAACAAUUCUACACCUCCACGGGAUCAGAGAAUGCCGGCGUUCUCACGCGGUUGCUGGCGGGCUGCACCACUGGAGCUAUGGCAGUCACGUGUGCCCAGCCGACCGACGUGGUCAAGGUGCGAUUCCAAGCCCAUGUGAGGCUGACGGAUGGAACCAAGAAAUACAACGGGACUGUGGAUGCCUAUAAAACCAUCGCCAAGGAGGAAGGGGUCAGAGGCCUCUGGAAAGGGACAUUACCCAACAUCACCCGCAACGCCAUCGUGAACUGCGGAGAGAUGGUUACCUAUGACCUCCUCAAGGAGAUGCUGCUGAAAUACCAUCUAAUGACAGACACUUUUCCUUGCCAUUUCAUUGCUGCUUUCGGAGCUGGGUUCUGCGCCACUGUGGUGGCUUCGCCUGUCGAUGUCGUGAAGACGAGAUACAUGAAUUCCACCCAUGGCCAGUACAGAAAUGCCUUCAACUGUAUGCUCACCAUGGUGAUCCUGGAAGGACCCACAGCGUUUUACAAGGGGUUCAUGCCCUCGUUCCUGCGGCUGGGAUCCUGGAACGUGGUGAUGUUUGUCACCUAUGAGCAGCUGAAACGCGCUGUGACGCUGGCCCAGGAGCCAUAGGUGUCUCCAUCCUAAGCCCCAGGGAGGUCUCUGGGAUGAGACGACAGAGGCCAGCAUGGGGGCUCCCGUGGAUUCUCCUCUCCCAGGCAAAGCUUGCAGAGCUGCCUCUCGCUGCUGAACUCUGACUGGGACGCACGCUCCCAACUGCUGAGGUGGGGACAUGCAGCUUUGGAUGGACUGUCUGGCGACAGCUGGCUUUUCAAAACCCACUUGUCACAGUCGGCGAGAUGCCAAUGUACAUUAUGUUAUUUAAACAUGCCCAAGGGAUGCAAGAUAUUGAAGCGACGAAAAAGGACUAGAAAAAACAAAACCAUCAGUGAAGCCAAACUCUAGCAAAGCUUUCGAUAUGGCCUCUGAGCUUUUCGAACCAUUCUGGAUCCAGGUGCUGCCAUAUGGACAGGAAACUGGAGCCCAAUCCAACGGUGACGAUAAGGAGCGAGGUACGCUUUGGGGGAUGGAGAGCACUUAGAGGGGGAAGCACAGGGGUCACUAUUAGGUUUAGUCUUAUUGAAUAUCUUCAGAAGGAGUAAACUGCCUUCAUGAGUGAUAGCAAAUCGGGAGAAAAUUGCCAGUGUAGUCAGAGUAAGUGACUUUGGGCUUAGCUUUUUGAAGACUGCUGGGUUCUUUACCCAGGUGGGUUUUUCUGCUUAACUCUAGGCACCACUUUUUCUCUGGGCUUUUUAUUUUCAUGGCACAUGUGGCAGGGUCCAUGCUCUGCCCCCAGCCCAGCAGGAUGACACAAACCGUGCCCCCACGCUGCUCUCUACCCCCACCCCUCAACAAGCUGGCUGUUUUUUAGAACAUUUUAUGCUAGUUUCUGUUAAGUUUUCUGGCAAGCAGCAAGGUCAGAGCAAUAACUCAAAGGAACUUAGAGACACUUGGGACAUGGGAAGAAAUAAACAGUCAAAAAAUGUCCAUCUAAACUUGUUGAAGAAAUGGAAAUUUUUGCAAAAAAAAAAUUCUGUUUUUGUCAAAAAAAAUGUGGGUUUUAUCAAAACAAUAAUUUUUGGAGGAAAAAAAAACCCUUUAAAAUCUUCUAGUGGAAAAAAAUCAUUUCCUGACAGCUCUAGAAAGAAAUAACCCAAUGAGCCUCAGAGUCAGUUCAAUUCCCUUUUCUGCUCCGGGCGCCAGGAUAGUUCUUCCCUAGCUCAUAGGGGUGUGGGGAGAUGCUCAGAUGUUACCGGGAGCUGGAUAACAGCACUGAGCGGAGAAUCUGGCAAAGGUGGUCUGAGAGGAGCAGGUAACUGUGAGAGAGGGGAUGAAAUUAAACCAAGGAAAACGUAGGAGGCAAAUCAGGAAAGGUUUCCUAACAUUGAGGGUCAAGCUUGGCUCCCAAGUGGUGGAAGGCCUGUCCUUCAAGCUGUUUAAAGGUAGGCUUGGUCUACACAUAGAAAUAUUGCUAGCAUAACUAUACUGAAUAAAGCCAAGCCAACAGCUGGAAGGCUUUAUCGGUAUCGGUGUCGGUAUCCCAGUGUACUAGAUCAGCAAAGCGCUCUUCGUGUGGACGCAGCAAAAUUGUGUUUUGGCAGCAUAGCUUAUUCCAGUGCCCUCAGCUCUCCUCCCAACUAAACCGCUGGCCAGCAAAAGCCCCAGCGCAGAUACAGUUUUACCAGCAAAAAAAGUCCUGUUGCUAGUAGAGUUGAUUUUGUUUGGAGAACUGGGAAAAGAACUCUCUUGCUGGUCUACCGGCACAGCUAUACUGGCAAACCCUUUGCAGUGUAGCCAAGGCCUUAGACUGGAUUAUACACCGAUGAACAGACUUUAGGGAACAAGCCCAGUGAAAGGACCAACCAGCUGGGACCUGUCAGGUCUUUUCCAUCUCUGGUGUCUGUAUGAUUCAGCUGAAUCAUACAGAGACCAGAGAUGGAAAAGACUGCUGAUGUGCAGAAGUGGGAUAAAUUAAUACAAAAGAAAUGCCUACCAAGACACAGGUAACUUUAGCUCCUCUCUCCCUCCCACAGAGCCAACCACCCACAGAUGUAUCUGCAGCAGGACACUGACCCGAGCUGCCUGCAGUGCAGACGAGUCAGAGUUCUGGAGCUGCACUGAGAGGAGAUUACUGGAGGAACAUUGCCCACCCCACGUGGAUCACUCGUGUCACAGGGGAAUAGUGGCCAUUAGGCUGUGUCAUGGUUAUUGCCACCUUGCAGCCAUGGCAUAAUAAAAAGACUCAGACGGCCCCCAUGGGAUCUAGUUACAGGUCUCCUGUCUUUUCCUUGGCAGAUUUAGUUCUCUCUCUCUUUUUCCUAUCUGGCCCAUGCUCAAAGGCCUGUGGUGCAAACCCAGAGGGGACAGCUGAAGGAUCUAACAUUGGGUUAGAAAUACCUAGAAUGAUCCCAAUGCUUAAAUCCUAGUGGGAUCAGCUCACACUGCAUCUUUCUGAGCUGGACAAAUGAACUUGCUUCACUGAAAGCACUAACCCGAGACCAAAGCAACAGCAUCGCUCUGGUCAAUGAAAGCCAAUGGCAGCUACAGCAGGCAGGCCCCCACCCGAGCAGUGACGUGGAAUUCACCCCGGUCCAGGUGCAGAAACCUUGUGCUGAAUUUCCCCUUCAGUGCUGAGCUCACAGGCGUGAUUUGGGGAAGUCUGCUUCAGCACACCAGCCCCUUUCCAGCCUCCUUGGUUCACAUCCUAAAGGAUCAAUGAGGGGCACACAGUCAGUCUCUUAAAAACAUCCUUCGCAGGUCAUCUUUAACUGUCCCGGUGGAGCAGUAAAUGACCUCCCAGAUGAUACAGGGCUUUGCAGAUCAGAAUCACCAGCUUGAGCUAAUAGCAACACUAACUCUUGCAGCCAGAGCAGAGCACCCCUGUGCAGUCAGUACAAGGCUCAUGCAGCACUUAUCUGGGAUGGACGUACCCUCCAGGCCAAGUGGGGUACGAGCUGCAUACUCUGCGGUGAUUCACUGCGCAGAGGUGAAUUUCACCCUCCUUGCACAGCUGCUCUGUAGCCACAGCCAACAGCCCCACGCUCUUCAGAAGCACUGAAAUUCAUAACACAUAAAGAUUAGCCCAGCACAGCCCCCUGGUGCAGACACAGCCUACCCAACAGACGGAGUUUUUCUGUCGGUGCAGGAACACCACCUCCCAGUGUGACAUUAGCUAGGCCAACAGAAGCAUUCUUCCGUUGACAUAGCUGCAUCUACUCUGAGGGUUAGGUCGGCAUCAGUCGAGGUGUUUUCUUCAUACUCCUAACCAAUGUAGCUCUGCUCAUAUAACUUUCAAGGGUGGACCAUGCCUUAGAUCAGUGACUACUGUACCCCUUUCAAGAGUCUGAUUUGUCUUGGGUACCCCCAAGUUUCACCUCACUUAGAAACUACUUGCUUACAAAAUCAGACAUUAAAAUAAAGAAGUGUCACAGCCACACUGUUACUGAACAAUUGCUGACUUUUGCAUUUUUACCAUAUAAUUAUAAAAUAAAUCAAUUGGAAUAGAAAUAUUGUGCUUACAUUUCAACGUAUAGCAUAUAGAGCAGUAUAAGUCAGUCAUUGUCUGUAUGAAAUUUUACUUGGUACUUACUGACUUUGCUAGUGCUUUUUAUGUAGCGUGUUGUAAAACUAGGCAAAUACCGAGAUGAGUAGAUGUACCUCCUGGAAGAUCUCUGAGUACUCCCAUGGGUACGUGUGCCCCUGGUUGAGAACUACUGCCUUAGAUACUACAACGAUGGGCACAAUAGAAAACUCUAAGACAUCAACAUUCAAUUUUACUUCUAACUGGACUAUGACUAUGGCAUUAAAGAAUUAAGCCACA